UCGGGCGCGCGUUUCCGGCGCGCUCCCCCGCACCCUGCGCGCUGUGGUCUCGCCCGCCCCCGCUGCCAUGUUGGAUUGUGAGGCUGCCGCCGGCGCCGCGAGAGGCUGGGAGGAGGAGGAGGAAGAGAAGGAGGAGGAGUUGGGAGUUUAGCGCAGUCGCCGGAGUGUGCGAGAACGACGACCGUCAAGGCCCGAGCCUUGAGCCGGGCUGGAGCUGGGAGCGUCCCCUUCCUCCGCGCGGCGCUCUGGGCCGUCAGCUCCUCCUUCCCUUGUCCUCCACCUCUUCCUCCUCCCCGCGCCGGAGGAACUGCGAGAUGCUGCGCUGGUGACUCCGCUUCUUCCCGCCGCUGUCACCGAGCCGGGGAACGAGCGUGGCCCACUCAGCGCAGGACACGGCCCUGGACGCCCAUCCCCGCCGGCGCCACCAUGAGCUCCGGGCAGCAGCAGCAGCAGCAGCCGCCGCCGCGGAGGGUCACCAACGUGGGGUCCCUGCUGCUCACCCCGCAGGAGAACGAGUCCCUCUUCACGUUCCUCGGCAAGAAAUGUGUGACCAUGUCUUCGGCCGUGGUGCAGUUGUACGCUGCAGAUCGGAACUGUAUGUGGUCGAAGAAGUGCAGCGGGGUUGCUUGUCUCGUUAAGGACAAUCCACAGAGAUCUUAUUUUUUAAGAAUAUAUGACAUUAAAGACGGGAAACUGUUGUGGGAACAAGAGUUAUACAAUAACUUUGUAUAUAAUAGUCCUAGAGGAUAUUUUCAUACCUUUGCUGGAGAUACUUGUCAAGUUGCUCUUAAUUUUGCUAAUGAAGAAGAAGCAAAAAAAUUCCGGAAAGCAGUUACAGACUUGUUGGGUCGACGACAGAGGAAAUCUGAAAAAAGACGAGAUCCCCCAAAUGGUCCUAGUCUACCCAUGGCUACAGUUGACAUAAAAAACCCAGAAAUCACCACAAAUAGAUUUUAUGGUCCACAAGUCAACAAUAUAUCGCAUACCAAAGAGAAGAAGAAAGGAAAAACUAAAAAGAAGAGAUUAACCAAGGCAGAUAUUGGAACACCCAGUAAUUUCCAGCACAUCGGACAUGUUGGUUGGGAUCCAAAUACGGGCUUUGAUCUGAAUAAUUUGGAUCCAGAAUUGAAGAAUCUUUUCGAUUUGUGUGGCAUCUCAGAGGCACAGCUUAAAGACAGGGAAACAUCGAAAGUUAUAUAUGACUUCAUUGAGAAAACGGGAGGUGUUGAAGCUGUUAAAAAUGAACUACGAAGGCAAGCACCACCACCUCCACCACCAUCAAGGGCAGGGCCGCCGCCUCCUCCACCCCCACCACAUAGCUCAGGCCCUCCUCCCCCCCCUGCCCGAGGAAGGGGCGCCCCUCCUCCCCCGCCUUCACGAGCCCCCACGGCUGCACCUCCACCUCCACCUCCUUCCAGGUCAGGUGCAGGAGUUCCUCCGCCACCACCAAACAGGGUGUACCCUUCUCCACCUCCAGCCCUUCCCUCCUCAGCACCCACAGGACCCCCGCCGCCACCACCGCCACCUCUGUCCGGCUCAGCGGCCCCUCCUCCACCUCCUCCACCUCCUCCACCACCAGGGCCACCGCCUCCCCCUGGCCUGCCCUCUGAUGGGGACCAUCAAGUUCCAAGUCCUGCAGGAAGCAAAGCAGCUCUUUUAGAUCAAAUUCGAGAGGGUGCUCAGCUAAAGAAAGUGGAACAGAACAGCCGACCGGUGUCCUGCUCUGGGAGAGAUGCGCUGCUGGACCAGAUCCGACAGGGCAUUCAGCUCAAGUCUGUAUCUGAUGGCCCAGACUCUGCGCCACCAACGCCUGCACCCACUUCUGGGAUUGUCGGCGCCUUGAUGGAAGUGAUGCAGAAACGGAGCAAAGCCAUUCAUUCCUCAGAUGAAGAUGAUGAAGAAGAUGAUGAAGAAGAUUUUGAGGAUGAUGAUGAAUGGGAAGACUGAUCUGUAUGUUAUAUAAAUAUAUAUUUUUAAGGUGAAAUACUAAACACUGCUUUCUGUCUAUGGUUUCUGUAAAAUUAUCAUGUAAAUGUUCUACCAAUUGCUGUAUAUUUUUGUUGCCCUUUUUUUUGCUUUUUUUUUAUUAUUAAUCUGUGCAAUACCUCACAUAAUCUGUAAAGGUUUGUCAUAAUCCUCUACAAAGCUGCUCCCUGGGACUGUGUGCAGGCUGACACCAGGAUGCUCACGUGAGGUGUGAAUAUGUUUUCACUCCAUCAACAAGGGAGUUUAAAUAUUGUAUGUGAGACUGACAAAAACCUUAAUGUAAUCUAGUUAUAAUGCCGGAAGGAAAACACUAUUUUCAUACCCUACUUUUUCUGUACCUAAAUUUUCUUAUUGAAAUCUAGCCUAGCACUGCAUUCUUUUUUAAAUGACACAGCCCUUAGUUUCUCUAGAGCCUUCAUUUUGAAUACAACACUACAAAUGAAUGUUGAAGCUGACACAUUGCACAGUUCUAGACAUCACACACUGACACUGUUUCUCAGACUUGAGCGUACACACUACAUCGGAUCACUGCAGGGACCCCGUUGGGAGAACCAGGGACCCGCCUCGGACAGCCCCUUACAGUGUUGGUGCAGCCGCCAUGGUUCAGGCUGGGAUCUGUGAGCCCUUGCGUGCCUGUACUUGAUUGAGGCUGUUUUUGUGUUGUAACAAAUGUGGCAGAGUCUUUUUCGCCAAACCCUGAAAAAUAUUUUUUAGUAUUGUUCUGAAAAAGAGAAGAUUUGUGUAAGUUGAAAAUUUGGAAAGAAAUUUUCUUCUACAUGAAUGAAAUGGGUUUAUGCAUUAUGGUUAUUCUAAUAUUUUAUUUCAAAUGCUAUACAAAUCAAAGUGAUAUAGAAUUACAUAUUUUUAUUUUGUAAUCUGUAUAGAUUGAGUGUUGAGAAAUACCAACCAUAAAAUUCUUACCUAGUUGGUAAAGAUUUGUACUGUAAUGCUAAUAAACCUAACAUUCUGCGUAUCUUUAUUUUGAUAAUUUCUCCAGAUUUUUGUCAAAUGUCAAGUGAAGGAUGACAUUUUCCUUAAAAUAUUGGUUGACCCAAUGUCAGAUUUCUUGGAACACAUAACUGAAUGGUUGCUUUUUUAAAAUAAAACUUUACAACCUGCACAUUUGUUAUGAAUACUAACCGGUGUGUUAGUUAGGGUUUCCUGGCCUCUCUGCACCCUGCUGAUCUGCCUAGAGGCGAUGGUUUCACACUUAUAGCACUACCACGCCUACCUACUUUACAUUUUAGGUAGAAAAUUGGUUGAAAUACAAACAUUUUUCCUCACACUGAGUCGUGUUCAGAAUGUAGUUCCAAAUGUAUUCAUUGCUGUAGUCACAAUAUCCAACUAAAGACGAUGCUAUCUAGAGUUAGACCACCCCAGACCUAGUGUGGGUGUGAUCUUGACAGGCUGGACCUGCAAGACUGGGCUUGAAUUUUUAACCUGUUAUCACGUAAUCUAGUGAUCAUGCAUCUAGUUAUCAUAAGAAAUAAUUUAAAAGGUUUUGUUGCUGAAAGCAGUAUGUGGUGCAGUAAAAUAGUUAAGUUAUUCAAAGAAUGUUACCUUCCUUGCAAGAGUAAUUUAAGCACAGGGGAAAGAUUCUAGACUUUUGUUUCUUGUGAAAACAGCGCCCUCUGCUGCUUGAGCCUUCUGUUGUGUUUAUCGUGGCUUGAGCUCAGCAAGUCUGGUGUGCAUGAGGCUGAACAACUACGAACCAGUGAAAUGAGGAGUGUGUGCAAGCAGAAAAUAGAACUCUGUAAUUAUUUUAAAUCGCAUUGAACAUCUUCCCAUUUAAAACUUUUGACAUUAUAAAAAUUUUCUUAGAAAUGUCUUUUAAAGGUAAUGCCAAAUCUAAGAUCUCUAAUUUUUGGCCAGUUCUGCUGUUCCAGCUAACCUUAGUAUGAUAAAUAUUUAUCAAGCUCUGCUCUGAGGAAAACUCUUUGAGUUGAAAAUAGAAUUUUAAACAUUUAAAAUGUGUGCGUAUAUAUACAUGUACACAUGCACACACACACAUAUAUAUAAUUUGCCAAAGAUAAUUUAUUGUGUUUUUUCCUUUAAUUAAAAAAUAAAAAGAUUUGUCGCACAAUCUGAAUCGUUGUUGGUCAAAGCAGCAGCCAUGGAGUUCAGGCAUGAAGAUUACACCUGCUCCGCCAGGUAGGAUGCAGGCUUGCAUGUUUCAGUCCUCCACCGUCUUGCACCGUAAGAGCACUGUACCUUCGCGUUGUCUGAAAGCCUCGCCUAUGUACUCCAGCUAGAUGAUUUUCUGGUAGCCUUCGCAUUUAACAAACUAGCAUGAGGCUUUUUAUAUCUAAGUGCUACGUGAUUAACAGUUCCAGCUAGCCACGUAUUCUAUGUAUGAGAUUCAUAAAGACUUUCAAUCAUUCAUUUCCAUUUAUCAACUGAAAUUUUGUUUUAGUAUGUGAAAUUUUUUUUUGAAAUGUAUAGUGAAUCAGAUGUUGCACUGGUGGCAAUUCAUCAUGGAACAUAAUAAAAUUAAUUUGA